AAGAUUUACUGAAAAGAGUUCAAAUCCCAAUGAUCAACAGCUGAACUUUGAAUUUGUAAGUAUGUCUUUUAUUAUGUCUUAUGUGGAAUAAGUAAGAUGAUCAGAAUCAUAUUUUUUAUCCCGUAGCUAAAGUCUGAAACUUUGAAGUAUAGCUCUAUAAAAAGCUGUCGUGUUUUUAUUCAUUUCAUCUCAUAUUAUCCAUUUUCAGUAUUUAAAAAUAGUAGUAGAUGUAGUCGAGGUGGAGUUACACAUUGAACUACAACUAUUUUUUCACAUUACUUCAUACUGCAAGAAAGUUGUUGGGAACGCUUAUUGAUCAGGAAAAGUAUUGGUGUGCAGCUCAAAACAAAUUGAAUUGAAUCCAGUUUGAUUUCCAACUUGUAUGGACAAGCAAAUCACCAAAAUCAUGAUAACCAGCCACCUAAUAAAGUGGUCCAAGAAAUACAAAGUCACCACCAAUGUAUCUUUGUACUGACUUUGUUGUGUUUUAACAUGCCUCUAACCAAGCAGUGGAUUCAUUCAUUUUCUAAGAACUUUUCUCAAGAGUCACAUUUCUCCUAUUCAUUUAGCUGCAUUUCUUAGGACAUGAAUCUUCAUAAGAACUGUUCAGUUAUGACGUCUGGUGACCUAACAUGCAUCUAAUACUGACAGAUUGCCUUCUUCAUUGCAGUGGGAUCAGAAAUGGAUUGUUACGUGACUCUGGUUCUCUUCUUCUUCGGAUUUAGCUUCAGCUCCUGCUCACAGUUCCCACUGCGAAAGUACUACUACAUUAACACUUUAAUGACCUGGAGCGAUGCUCAGCAUUACUGCAGAGAGAAGUACACUGACCUGGCGACCUUCGAAAGCAUGGAUGAUAUCAGCAGGCUCAAACCUGAUUUUUCCUAUUCAUGGGCAUGGAUAGGAUUGGAGGAUGACCCAAAGUCCUGGAAGGAAUUUAUGGGCAAUGACACAAAUUCCUGGAGAUGGUCAGCAACUGGUAACACAAGCAAAACUGGUUACCACAACUGGGGUGGCAUAGAACCAAAUAGUGACAGAGGAAAUGAAAACUGCGUAAUUAUGGGCAGUACUGGACAAUGGAAUGAUGCGCCCUGUCAAUCACUUGGGAGUUUUGUUUGUUACAAAGCUACAAACCAAAAUGAGAAAACCUACGUGUUCAUCUCAGAUUCAAAAACAUGGCAUUCUGCUCAAGCAUACUGCAGAGAACACUACACAGACCUGCCGACGAUCGAGAACUUCGAGGAAAACAAUCACGUGUAUUCUGCAAAACCAGGCAGUGCUCAAGCUUGGAUUGGUCUGUACAGAGUGCCGUGGACUUGGUCCGACAAGACCCAGAGCUCUUUUAGAUUUUGGAGAAGUACCUGCCCAGAUAACUACGGUGGGAAUCAAUUCUGUGUGGUUGAGAAUCCUCAACAUGAGUGGAAUGACGGCUACUGUCUGGACAAGUAUCCUUUCAUCUGCCAUCAAGUUUUACGAUUGAAGAGGAUGAUCAAGAUGAAGAUUCAGACUGAUGCCGACUUAACUGAUCCAGCUACUAACAGCCAAAUCCUGAAGCAGGUUGGUGCCGAGCUAACAAGUCAUGGGUGGACUGACUUCAAUCUGCAAUGGAAGAUUCAGCCCAGAAAACAGGAGGAAGAGAAACUCGGGGAAUAUUCAUGCAAUUUACAUUCUUGAUUUUUUAUCUGCUUUUUGGCUUUUUGUGUAUGUAAAGGAAGAGCUGAAACGAUAGAUCGUGAUUGAUCAGUUAAUUUCUUAUGUUAAUUUCCAAGCAAGAGGAUAAUGGCUAGAGGUGUUAAUCUUCACUAGCCUCACGAUUCGAUUUGAUUACAAUUCAGCUGUCAUCGAUUUGAAUUCUCAAUGCAACUCAGUGUAUGGCAUCCUCAGUGAUCUAUAUUACUGCACAUGGCUACUCUGUCAUCGAUUAAAUAUCACUUUUAUUCAGAAACUCCUUCCCAAUAAUCAGACUACAGCAGUCUAUGAUACAACAGCUUCAUCUUAUCAGUACAUAAACAUAACAAAAACAAAACAUUUAUCCAUCUGCAGUACGUUACACAUUUGUUGUAAUCCACAAUAAUAUUGUUUUCAUAUGGCAGCUUUAUGAUAAGGCAUCUAUUGACUUUGUUGCACAUAACGCUCUCAAAAUUGAAGCAAAGUUGACAGUGCCACUUCAGAUUUGCUGAUUAGCUGGGUCUGCUGAAAAAGUUAUCAUUUAUGACUGCAGACAUUAGCUUCAGGUGAAAAUGGCUAACGUGAUUAAUAACUGUUGUGAGGCAGAAAUCUUGUCCAGUUUGUGCUUCCCAGCAAGUUAAUAAAAAUUGACAUGUGCCCCAAAAUGUCUGCUUUCAGAAGUACUAGGUGAGUUUUUAAUCAUAAGCAGAUGAUCUUUGCCUCCUCCCACAUAAGUCAUGUGAACUUAAUGUCUGCAUGCAAUUCAGAAGAGUAUUUCUGAGGAUGAAUUUAGAGAAAUUUCUACACCUCUAAUAAUUUUAAUAGUUCCAGCUUCUCAAAUGUCAAGAUCAGCUUGAUUUGGUCCUGUGUGUUCAGACAUAACCUUGGAUUGAAGACAUUAUAAACAUCAUAAACAGAAUUUAGAGUUUUAUCAUACUAUAAGCACUUUUCUGUCUGUUUUCCAUUGUACUUAAAAUUCCAUGUGUAUGAUACUGGGUGAAUAAAAAAAGCUUCUUACGAAAUGAUUUGACUUAUUACUGUCAACACCCACUUGUUCAUUUCAACUCACUCAUGGCAUGAAGGAUACAUAAGGAUACUCUGCUUUGAGUGGUAAUUCCCUGACAUCAGUGAUGAUUUCUGAUAGUGUUUGGUAAAGAGUUAUCCUUUUUGCCACUUUCAAAUUUCGAAGAAAUUAUAUCUAGUUCCAAUUAAUUUAUAACAUUUAUAACAUUUGUAACAUUUAUUUAAAUUUUGUACCAUUAAUUUUGUUUAAAGUGACCUAAGUUUCACGUGUGUACAAGCCAUUAUGAAUGAAACUAGUCAACCAGUCAAUUCAUCCAUAUUCGAAGCAAAUAAGGUUGGUUUAAAUAUGUAAACAUGAGCACCAAAUAUGUUAACCUUCACCAAAGUCAUGAUUUACAUAUGAAAAUAGAGGCAAAAGCAUAUUUUACUGUGCACUAUGUAGUAUCAAAACGCAUGGACAGAAGUCUCUACGUUUGAGUCGCUUCAGAACCCAACUAGGACAACAAAAUAGACAUGAAUUAAUGUAAUCCAUAUAAGACCUGAUUGUUGGCUGAGUUACAAUGUUAGUAUAAUGCACAAGUAUAACAGAAACUAACUAGCUUUAAAUAUGUAUUCAUUAUGUGGCUGUGUGUCUU